CGCACUUUUGGGCAAUUAUAAGGCAGAGGUCGGCGUUAAAGAGCAGGAGACGCCGGCCGAAAAAAAGGAGCAGGACGCCUUUCUCAACAGUCUCGUGAAGAGUCCCAUAAUCAUGGAAGUGCACAAAUAUCUGGUUUCUAUCCGCCUCGCUCCACGUACCCCAAGGAAUUUCAGAGAACUUCUCAGGAAAUUACCAAACGACUCCUCAGCAUUUGAGCACGUUUUUGUGGGCGAGAUAAGGAAAGGCAAGGUCUCUGGUUUCCACAACUGGGUUAUGUUCUGUGAGCAAGAGGCCAAGGGAGAGAUUGACUAUCAUGGCUUCUAUCGUGCGGUAAAUCAAUAUUUAUAA